AUGGCCCUCUGCCUGGUGGAGAUAAAGGGUCUUAAGCAUGAUGAGUAUGAAGAAGACGGGUUCUGUCAGCCAUACAGAGGGAUUGCAUGUGCAAGAUUUAUUGGCAACCGCACCGUCUAUAUGGAGUCUUUGCACAUGCAAGGGGAAAUAGAAAAUCAGAUCACAGCUGCCUUCACCAUGAUCGGCACCUCCAGCCACUUAUCCGAUAAGUGUUCUCAGUUUGCCAUUCCUUCCCUAUGUCACUACGCCUUCCCAUACUGUGACGAAACCUCAUCUGUUCCAAAGCCCCGCGACUUGUGUCGUGAUGAAUGUGAAAUCCUGGAAAAUGUCCUGUGUCAAACAGAGUACAUUUUUGCAAGAUCGAAUCCCAUGAUUCUGAUGAGGCUGAAACUGCCCAACUGUGAAGAUCUCCCCCAGCCAGAGAGCCCAGAAGCUGCAAACUGUAUCCGGAUUGGAAUUCCCAUGGCAGAUCCUAUCAAUAAAAAUCACAAAUGCUAUAACAGCACGGGUGUGGACUACCGGGGAACCGUCAGUGUGACCAAAUCAGGGCGCCAGUGCCAGCCAUGGAAUUCCCAGUACCCCCACACGCACACCUUCACCGCCCUCCGUUUCCCAGAGCUGAAUGGAGGCCACUCCUACUGCCGCAAUCCAGGGAAUCAGAAGGAAGCUCCCUGGUGCUUUACCUUGGAUGAAAACUUUAAGUCUGACCUGUGUGACAUCCCAGCAUGCGAUUCAAAGGAUUCCAAGGAGAAGAAUAAAAUGGAAAUCCUGUACAUCCUGGUGCCAAGCGUUGCCAUUCCCCUCGCCAUUGCUUUACUUUUCUUCUUCAUCUGUGUCUGCCGCAACAACCAGAAGUCAUCAUCACCACCAGUCCAGAGGCAACCAAAACAUGUCAGAGGUCAAAAUGUGGAGAUGUCAAUGCUGAACGCAUAUAAACCCAAGAGCAAGGCUAAAGAACUGCCUCUUUCUGCUGUGCGUUUUAUGGAAGAAUUGGGUGAAUGUGCCUUUGGAAAAAUCUAUAAGGGCCAUCUCUAUCUCCCAGGCAUGGAUCAUGCUCAGCUGGUUGCUAUCAAGACCUUGAAAGACUAUAACAACCCACAGCAAUGGACAGAAUUUCAACAAGAAGCCUCCCUGAUGGCCGAACUGCACCACCCCAAUAUUGUCUGCCUUUUAGGUGCUGUCACUCAGGAACAACCGGUGUGUAUGCUUUUUGAGUAUAUGAAUCAGGGGGAUCUCCAUGAGUUCCUCAUAAUGAGAUCGCCGCAUUCCGAUGUUGGCUGUAGCAGUGAUGAAGAUGGGACUGUAAAAUCCAGCCUGGAUCAUGGAGAUUUCCUGCACAUUGCAAUUCAGGUUGCAGCUGGCAUGGAAUACCUGUCUAGUCACUUCUUUGUCCACAAGGACCUUGCAGCUCGCAACAUUUUAAUCGGAGAGCAACUUCAUAUAAAGAUUUCAGACCUUGGGCUUUCCAGAGAAAUCUACUCAGCUGAUUACUACAGGGUGCAGAGUAAGUCUUUGCUGCCCAUUCGCUGGAUGCCCCCUGAAGCCAUCAUGUAUGGCAAAUUCUCUUCUGAUUCAGAUAUCUGGUCCUUUGGGGUUGUCUUGUGGGAGAUUUUUAGUUUUGGACUCCAGCCAUAUUAUGGAUUUAGUAACCAGGAAGUGAUCGAGAUGGUGAGAAAACGACAGCUCUUACCAUGCUCUGAAGACUGCCCGCCCAGAAUGUACAGCCUCAUGACAGAGUGCUGGAAUGAGAUUCCUUCUAGGAGACCAAGAUUUAAAGAUAUUCACAUCCGGCUUCGGUCCUGGGAGGGACUCUCAAGUCACACUAGCUCCACUACUCCUUCAGGAGGAAAUGCCACCACGCAGACAACCUCCCUCAGUGCCAGCCCAGUGAGUAAUCUCAGUAAUCCCAGAUAUCCUAAUUACAUGUUCCCAAGCCAGGGUAUUACACCACAGGGCCAGAUUGCUGGUUUCAUUGGCCCACCAAUACCUCAAAACCAGCGUUUCAUCCCCAUCAAUGGAUACCCAAUACCUCCUGGAUAUGCAGCAUUUCCAGCUGCCCACUACCAGCCAACAGGUCCUCCCAGAGUGAUUCAGCACUGCCCACCUCCCAAGAGCCGGUCCCCAAGCAGUGCCAGUGGGUCGACUAGUACUGGUCAUGUGACCAGUUUGCCCUCAUCAGGAUCCAAUCAGGAAGCAAAUAUUCCUUUACUACCACACAUGUCGAUUCCAAAUCAUCCCAGUGGAAUGGGUAUCACCGUCUUUGGUAACAAAUCUCAAAAACCCUACAAAAUAGACUCAAAGCAACCAUCUUUGCUAGGAGACUCCAAUAUUCAUGGACACACCGAAUCUAUGAUUUCUGCAGAACUGUAGAAUGCCUGACUUUUGUAAAUGUGGUAUACAGGACAAACUAGAAAUCCGUAGAAAAGAUUUAUAUCCAAAUGUUUUUUUAUUGAAGUAAGGUUCUCACUUAGCAGACAUUGCAACAAGUAUCUUCUGUGAAGUUUAACUGUGUCUUACCAACCAGGACAGACCCUAGCUAGAAAAAAAAAACAUUGUGGGAUUUACACUCCAUUGGAGUGCAUGACAUGGCAUUGGGAUUGGAAUAUAUAAUUCCAAGUACUGAGAACUGUAAACCAGUGAAGAGGAAAAGAACCUUAUGAUUAAAUAUCAUACCAAAAAGUAAAGUCAAACGGUGCUUUGUGUAUUUGCCUUUGGUCGCCAUGACUGGUCUCUCCCCAAAAUGUAUAUACCAUAGCAUUUGUCUACCUGCUGUCUUUUCUUCAGGACAGAUGUUCAGGAAUUGUAUUGAUUAAGUUUAGACUCUGUAAUGUUUGUAUGGAAGUGAUAUUCAGAAUGAAUCAAUGAGGAAACUUUAGGCCAAAUUUGAAAUCCCGAACAGAAAUGAGCCAUAAGACAAGUAUAGUAUUUCCUGAAGCUUUCUACAUAGAGGAGCUUCAUUGGGAAGGUGCAGAGUGUUUCUCUUUGUGAACCUCCUCUUCUGAUCAUGAAGGCCUUUUCCACAUUUCUCUUUUUCACAGUGUGUUUACACAGCCCUUGAAAUAACACAGGGCAUCAUACCAUAAGAAGGCUAGAUGUGGAUGCUGGAGUUGAUUGUUGGUUGAUAGCUCACUUCACUGCUUUAGGAAUGAGGUACCAAACAAAGCAUAGGCAGGAAAAUGGCCCCUCAGCCUAGUCAGCAUCCAUGGAAGAGGAGUGAGGGUUUCCAUAGAGACAGAAACAGAAGCGUGGCUGCAGACAGGCACACCCAGCUUUGCAACCUCCUGUUACAAGUUGUCCAAGGUGUAGGGAUGCUUACCAUCAGUGUACUCUAGAAAAGCAGAAAACCCUAUGAUGAUGUCAUCUAGUAAACUUAAAGUUUCUUCCACUUUUUUUUUUCUGUGCUGGAAACGUUCACAGAUUUCAGUCCAGCCCUAAGAAUUAUACCAAUUUAUUCAUAUAGUUGGAAUCCAAAGACAAUGAAUUCUAUUUUGCGAAAUUUUACAGUAUUUCUUUAAAAAAUAAGUACUGAGCUCUCACUUCAAAGAACUGAAUUUUGUAAGCUGGUAUAUAGAAGCAGCAUGAUCAUUCUUGCCUUAGACAGAGGUAUCAAAUAUGCAUCUGAUGACAUUUACCUGCCAACCACUUUUUGGCAAGUUUAGAAUUCUUAUAGGUUUAAGUUCUAUAAAAAGGAAUUUUAUAUCUGGUUUUUCUCUUGUUUAAAUAAAAAGCUCCUUUAUUCUAAUGUCUCAAAGUCUCAUUUUUAUUUUAAAACUUUAAGAGACUUACAAAGAGACUUAAGGAUGUAAAGUAAUGCCUGGAAAUGAUAGUUGAUGAGGAGAAUGUAUGAGAAUUAGAAACACAUUGAUGUUUCCAUUUUUUAAAAUACAAUUAGCAAUGAGGAAUAAAGGAAAUGUUUACCAAAAUG